ACAGUAGUUAGCAAUUAAGCUAACCAAAACCAAAACUUGACCUCCACUUCUUCCUUCAUCCGAAAGGCCGGAAGUGUGCACCCCAGACUUUUACCAUUUCCCUAUAACUUUUCGUCGCCGCAGCCUGCAGACGAGGAAGAAAACUCUCCCUUCUCUUCUCCUAACGCUCUCCUUCUCUCUCUCGGCUAAGCUCCAACGUCGACCAUGGCGUACGUUGACCACGCCUUCUCGAUCUCUGACGAGGAUAUCAUGAUGGAGACGUCGUACGUGGUUCAAAACCGGCCACCGGUGAAGGAGAUAGCACUGGCCGUCUCUCUCCUUGUGUUCGGCGUCCUUGGAAUUGUCAUCGGCAUAGUUAUGGCUUACAAUCGCGCCGGCGGAGAUCGUGCCCACGGGAUUUUCUUUGCGAUCUUGGGGUCGGUGCUCUUCUUGCCGGGCUUCUACUACACGCGCGUUGCCUACUACGCGUACAAGGGGUACAAGGGGUUCUCCUUCGCAAACAUUCCGGCUGUGUGAAGAAUGGUUUGAGCUAAGCCUAUGUACAGAUAUUUUAACCGAUUUACAUCUCUCUCUUUGUCCCUUUCUAGUUCUCGAGCUCCGUUUCUUUACGGGCUCUUUCUGUUAGUAUUGCAGUUGUAACUUUGAAUGAAUGAUAUACUAUGUAUAUUUGGUUGGCUACGUCCUAAUAAGAUUUCUUCUACUUA